AGCAAGAGGAUGAAGAGAGGGAGAGACAGGUUCGCGCCCAACGGGCCAACGGGCCAAUGGACCAAAGGGUGUUGAAUGGGUUAGAGGUUUUUUUUUUAUAUAUAUAUAUAUAUAUUUUUGGUCUUGUUGCACAAGAUGGAUCGUGCGCUUUUGCAGCCGUCGAAUUGUGUGUGUGGGAUCUUCUUUUUUCUUGUGUCAGCCAAUGCCAUGGGAUGGUCUAAUAAAAAAAAAUGGCGUAUUUCUACCCUCCCCGCCCCUUCCCUUGUUUGUCGCGGGCCUAUCAGUGCUCUGGACAUGAGCAUAUGUUUGUACAUGUACAACAAAACGGAGGAGGAAAGACCUAGCUUUUUUUUUUUUUUUUUUUUUUGCUGAGUAAGGGAGGAGGAGGAGGCAAGGAGGGGGGGAGUGAUUGGACAGGUCCAACACGGUAGGGGUAUUCCUUGAAGGAAGACUAGGUUCAUUAUUGUUUCAUUUUUUUUUUUCCCAAGGGCGGGUCCGCUGACUAGUAGGGUAAAAUGGGGGAGAGGGGGUUUGGCUUAGUGAGGAAUGGUCUAGAACAUGGAGAUUAAGCGUGUACUGCAGAAGAAGCAGCAGAAAGAAAGAAAGAAACAAGGAGGAAAGGGGCCGGAAGGAUGGAAAGAACCCGACGAUGGGCUGCGGUAGAAAAAAAGCAUUGUCCCCCUGGGAGAGAGAGAGAGAGAGAGAGAGAGAGAGAGAGAAAGAGAGGAGUCUCUAGUACAU